AUGCCAUUGAAUAUUAGAAACAACGUAUGGCCUUUAAAGGUUAGCUGUCAGUUAGCUGGUUUAAAAACUGGAGCAGGUCGGCUUGGGAAUAGCCUUCUGUCCGUUCCUCCAGAUAUAUAUUAUCUACCUAGAAUGGUUGAGAGCAGUAUUUUUGAUGAAAUUCCGGAAGAGAUAAGUACUCAGUUGGUGUCUUUCUCCGAAGCUACGGAUGAUGUUGAGCAGCUUGUGAACAAGAUUUCUAGCUUCUCUAAUACUUCUGAUAAUCAGGUCAGUGAUUUAGAUACAAUUAAAAGUGAACUGUCAUUGUGUUAUGCCUUUAAUGCACUCUUCUUCAUGUAUCUUAGAUGCAACGGCGUAGAAACUCAAAGCCAUCCUAUUAUGCAGGAAUUGGUAAGUUCAAUUCUCUUGUUCAAUAUCUUUCGACUUCCAUAAUGAACCGAAAAAUCCUAUCCUUUAUUCCUCAUUAGAUAUGAGUUGUGCGGAUACUAUAUAGUGUAAGUUGCCUGCACAAUUACUACCAAAUAACUCUUCAUUAAAAUCAUUGUUAAAAAAUUAGGACAAAUGUUACUAAAUCGGUUACAGCUUUAACAUAUGUUCAGAAAGGUGAUGUGAUGAUAAUUGUGACUGCGUUUAUCCUCACCUUCAGCCCCUCAACCGACAACUGUUACUUCGAUGUGGUAUUCGAGCUUGUAUGUUGCAAUUGCCCAACGAGUUACGCUGACCGUAAAACUUGUUCCCUGAGGUCCUACCAUAAAAGGAUCGUGUUAUGACAGCAUUGAAACGUUGUAGAUCUUUAGUAGAAAAAGAAAGUUCAUCGCGUCUAAGAUUGGAUACAGAAGCUACAACAAGGUUUGUUAAACAUGCACUAUGGAAAUCUGCGCAUACAAAAACGAAGAAACGUCGUAUUGAGUCUUCCUCAGUCACCAAUACCUCUCAAUAAAUAAUGUAAAUCUUCUCUUAACUUUAUUCAGAUGUAUAAAAAUGAAUUUCAAGAACAUUUGCCAGCGAAAAAACUGUAAUUUGCUUAUAACUGCACUCUUUUAGUAUUAUACUAAUGUUCUCUUGCUGUUUUUUCUUCUAUAUGAAUCAACAUUCCCGUUUAUUUGAUUGUAUACUCAGGAAUUAGAAUCAAACCUCAUGCGUACAACUUUUUCACGCUAACUUUAAACUUGACUUAACAAUUUCUUGUCACUUCCGUUAUCCCCCAAAAAAUGAAUGUUAAUCGAUCUGUUGUUAAUUAGCUAUAGAAGAGACUUUACAGACAGUAUCUGGUUUCAUUUAAGCUAAUAAAUCACUUGUGAAGGAAAUCUUUUAGCUCAGUUCUUUCUGAAGUUUUUACUGACG